CACACAUACACACGCGAACACGAACACACACGCGCACGCACACACGAACGGCUCUGCGCGGCUUUUCUGAGUGUUACGGCACCCUCUGCCCGCCCCCGCGCGGCGCGGGCGGGGACCCACCGGUUCCGCUCAGCACCAGCAGCGGGCAAAGGAGGACCCCCGGGAACGAGACCCCGCCGUCCGGUGGCCCAGUCCUCUUCAGCCUUAGGCCCGCAUGGAGGGAACUGCGGAGUUCCAGACGCCUGACCUGCGAGAUGUGGAGGGCAAGGUGGGCAGGAAGACCCCUGAAGGGCUGCUCCGCGGGCUGCGAGGCGAAUGGGAGCCGGGAACCUCCGGCGCCCUGCUGCUCUCGGGGGCGCCUAGUACCGGCCACGGCCACAGCCUGGGGGACAAGAUCAUGGCGUUGAGGAUGGAGCUGGCUUACCUGCGAGCCAUCGAUGUGAAGAUCCUGCAGCAGCUGUUGACCUUGAAUGAGGGCAUCGAGGCUGUGCGCUGGCUGUUGGAGGAGAGGGGGACAGUGACCAGCCACUGCAGCAGCCUCACCAGCAGCCAAUAUAGCCUGACAGGCGGGAGCCCAGACCACUCAAGGCGAGGCAGCUGGGACAGCCUGCCGGACAUCAGCUCCACUGACCGGCUGGACAGUCUCUCCAUUGGCAGCUUCCUAGACACGGUGGUCCCCAGCGAGCUGGAUGAACAGGGCCCCCCUGGGGCUCCCCGUCCUGAGACUGGGCAAAGGUUAUACCCAGUGGGGACAGGGCCCAGUGGGGACAGGGCCAGGAAUGAGGUGGACCUGACAGCCAGCAGGCUAGGGAAUUUGAGGGCUGUAUGGAAGCCCCCAGGGGAGGGGCUCCAAGGUGGACCUCCUGAGCCACUAGAGGAUGAGAGUGCCAAGCUGGGCUUUGAGGCCCACUGGUACUGGCAGUGUCAGGAUGACGUGACCUUCUUAUAGUAACUCUCCCACCCUUUUGUAUUCCUGUGGCUCUUUCAUUGCUAGGCCCUGGUCUCCCUGGAAAUUUAUUCUCCCUCAUUCUGGGUCUAGGAAGAGGCUGCAUCAAAAUCAGUUACCGUGGAAAUCUGACCUUCUCAUCCUUCUGGACCCUGAGGAGGCUCUGCCUUUAUCCCUCAAUGAUUGGGACCCUAGAACUAUUUCCAUAGAUACAUUGACUCUAGAGGUUUGACCUGUGGCUUCUUGUAAGAUAGUAAUUCCCUUCCCCCUCCGUGCCCCCCUUCCUCCAGGAACUAGGUAAGGAUUUGAGGGAUUUAGGACGCCUAAGAGAUUGCUGAUGAAGAGUUGGGGGUCCGAUUACCUCAACCAACAUCUAGGAGUCUUGGCCCCCCUCUUGGCCAAGAUGGAGAACUGUGGAGGGACAUGGACAUUCAGGGCCAACCCUCCAUGGAUUGGCCCUCCCAGAAGUCUCUGGGGUUGGUAGAACCAUCCCUUCCUAUCUGGUGAGUGAUGUCAUUUCCUGCCAGGAUGGAGUAGGCUUUCCUCUGUACCAUCUCUCAGGGGUGGGAGUCCAGUAUUGGGCGGCUGAGCCCCUGCUGCUAGGCAAGACCAUACCAUUUAUUCCCCAUACCGUUACUUCUUGCAAGUGGGAACAUACCCUUCCCCCUUCCUGGUAGGAAAGCUCACUGUCAGAGGUUUGUGUUUCUUUUCAGAAAGAUUGUUACUUUUUUUUUUUUUUUUUAAAGAUGUUAUUUAUUUGUUAGAGCACAAGUGAGGGGAGAAGCAGACUCCCCACUGAGCAGGAAGCCCGAUAUGGAUACGGGACUGCAUCCCAGGACCCCAGGAUCGUGACCUGGGGCCACCUGGGCACCCCAGAUUCUUGCUUUUUAAAUGGGAUGUUCUCAUUUUAUUCUAGAGGGUUCACUUCCUCUAUGGCCAUACCCCUGUUGAUGUGACACUCUUGUAUCUGUGCUUUUAGGGAGGGAAAGGCAGGGGGCCCUCUACCUACAGCUCUCAAAAUUUGGCCUGCCCUCUUUGGCCCCUGUCUUUCCCUGUCCCUGGGUUGCCCUCAUUCUUGUACUCUGGCUCCAGACCUGUCUGCCAGGAGGUUCAGCCUUUGUAUCUCCACACCUUCUCGGUUUCCACUUCCACAGACCUUUUACAUGCAGAUGAUCCCCCAACCACCCCCCUUCUCUCCCUACUGCUGAUGGAAAUCAGAGGAAGGAGACACUUGAAGUCUGGGAGCUCUGGGGGUGUAUCAUAAUUUCCAAAGAGGGGAGGUGUCUUCUCUGAUCCUGUGAUUUCCCUUCCCCCAUUCUGCCCUGGACCUUCCACCAUUUGGUCACAAGGAUGCCUGCCAGAGGCUGAGACACAAGAAAUCCCCUUGUCUGGGUUACAAUGAGUGGUAGUGGUGGGGGUGGGGGUGUGGCAGGGAAAGACAGAGGCUCUUUGGUCCUAGGGCCCACGUCCUGGGAGGGAGAGAGAUCCAGAGAAAGGCUGCUUUCCUUCCUCCCUUAGAGCAAGCCCUAGACUCCUGGGACCUGAGGAGAGAGCGGGAGACCGGCUCUGGGCCUGGGUCCUAGGGCCCUAGUGAAUUACAGCAAAGAAAGAAUUCACAGAAGCUGCCAACCUGAGGCCCAGGAGGGGACAGGUCUGAGGCGGGGGCUGUACCUGAUGUCAGAGAAUGAAUUCUUGGAGAUUAUCCCUUUAAACCCCAGCUAAUUGCCUAUAUUUUGGUCCUUAUCUUUCCUGGGGCCUGAAACUAAUUAUUGAAAAGCAAAAAGGAGAGAGAAGGAUGUCGGGUGAUCCUUGCCUAGUUGCUGUGCUGUCUGUCGUGCACGGAGGAGUCUCCCCCAGAUCCUAGAGUAACUUCUGCAAUUUCUUUACUUUUCAUUCUGGGGAAGGGAAAGAAGCUAAGUUCAUCUCCACUUCCCCUAAAUUCCUCAGGUUUUGUUCUGCAAGCACCAUUCCAAUCCUUUUGGGGCAAUGCAUUCAGCCUAUGGCUCUCUCCCUAAAGACCCUUCCUUCUCCCAUCCCCUCAAAGUGAUCCAAUCUCUGAAAUAUAUUCUUAGCCUCUCCUCCUCUGCUGCCUACCAGCCCUCUCCAUACUACCACCUCCCCUGGUCUUGGGGCUCCAGACUUCCCCUCAGGCUGGGAAUUCAAAUAUCUUUUUCCCGUCCCUACUCUGUUGCCAUUUUGUGACGUGCUCUUGGGUAAGCUACCUUUUCACUUAGAAGGCUUGUAUCCCUUUUGAAGCUUGCGUGCUUGAUUAGGCUACAAACUUCCGAGCUGAAGGGGUUGCGCGCCCUCUUGUGGCCAUUAUGCAUCAUUGCCAGGAGUAGCUGCAUAGAACCUCCGAGUUUCAGUAUAGCCUUAAAGAAGACCAGCCUCUCAGUGCACUAACAGGCUGUAGAGACGGGCCUAGAGAGGGCAGAGAUUUCCUCAGUGUCACCUGCUGUAGAUCCAUGGCAAUGGCCCGGGUUAGAGAACCCAGAUCCAUAGUGCCACUUGGCCAGACUGAUUGUUUCCCCACCCCACCCAGUCAACAUCACUCAAGCCCAAAGGACUGAAAGCAAUUUUUCUGGUUUAAUAUUUGGGUUUUUAACCCCACCCUAGAGAGGCAGCUUAGUGUUGGGAGAAAGAGCCAUAGGCUCUAAGGAAAGAGAAUCUUGGCCGUCAUUGGGUAAAGGGUUUGUGAAUCUGGACUGCAGAUACAAGAAAAAUUAUCCCGGACCAACUAUUUUUCCAGGGAGGGCCAGUAGGCCCAGAUAUGAUGGUGGCAGAGAGCUCAGCAUUUCAGACUUGGAGGUUAGAAGUGGGGUGGGGGUGGGGAGCUUUGAGAUGAGGAAAUCCAGAUGGGUCCUGUGGAGUUGGGGAGCUCCACAGGUCAAGGGAAUACAGCACAGUUGGGAUAGGCACAACUGGGUAAAGGCGGAGAUGAGAUGGCUCGUGGCAGCUGCAUAAACAGUGCCUAGGAGGGUAAAGGGUGGGGCUGACAGAAUGACGGACCAUCAAGGAGAUAUGAGACCACGGGAAUGGGCAAGGGUCAGGGCCCGCAUUUAGGAUGGGAUGGUAAGGUUGAGCACUGGACAGACUGGAAGCUCAGUGGCAACUCGGGUGAGAAGUGCUAGGGGCUUGUAGCAGACAAGGCACUGUGUGCACGGGGCCAGGCCCUACUGGAUGCUCAAUGACACCUCCUGAAUGAAUGGAAGAAUGAAUGUGUGUAAACCCACAAGGAGGUAUGACUUAUUUUGUUAAAAAGUGGGUAAUUAGGUAGUAGUAGUUAAUUUAAAACAUUCUAUUUAAUUCUAAGCAACCCUAUAAAUAGUGGAUUAUUAACAGUGUAUUGUUGCUUAGACAUUUGCUCAAGGUCAGAUAGGUAAUAAAACAACUGUAAUAUGAACCUGGGUCAGUCUGGCUGCUUGGGCUUCCAGAAAGUCUUCUCUGAUUCCCCUCUCCUCAGUGUCACAGAUGUCACUUCUCUAGAACAGGCUACCCUGCCCAGCAGCAGGACCAAUGUGCGAGCUUCCUGCUGCUGCUGCUGCUGCUGCUGCUGCUAUAAUAAUGACCACAAACAUCUUGGCUUAAAACAACACAAAUUUAGUAUCUUCCAGUUGUGGAGGUCAGGAGUCCCAAAUCAGUUUCACUGAGCUGAAUUAAAGUCUAAGGUGUUGACCUGUCUGUAUUCCUCUUGGAGACUCUAGGGGAGAAUCCAUUUCUUUGCCUCUUCCAGCUUCUAGAAGCUGCUUGCAUUCCUUGAUUCAUGGCCCCUUCCUCCAUCUUCAAGGCAGCAGAUAGCAUUUUCUCUCCUCUCUGACCUCUGCUUCCAACCUUUCAUCUCUUUCUAAUUCUCCUUUCUCUUAUGAGGAUUAUGUUGUGUUUACAUCUGCUUUGGAUUAUAUUGGGCCCACUGGGAUGAUCUAAGAUCCUCUCCCCAUGUCAAGAUCCUUAAUGUAACCUUGUAUUCUAGGCCCCUUUUGUCAUAAAAGGUGAAAUAUUCACGGGCUUUGAGAAUUAGAACAUGAACGUCUUUGGAGGAAGGGCCAUUAUUCAACCUACCAAAGACAGAGAUGGAGGGUAGGCGGAUGGAAGCACCCAGGCCCAGAAUGAGCCCCCAUGUUUUGUCUAGCCUCCCUAGGCCUGGAGUGAAGGGUGGUGGCUGAGGUCCAGGUUCCGUGUCUGGAGAAUGCAUCAUCCCCACCAGGGAGAGCUGAGACUGAAGGGAGAAAUUCCCAGCUUAGGGAAUUUUCAGGCUUGACACUUUCCCGGUGAACAUGGUGGCGAGUUCCAGCAGGUUCUGUCUUCAGUACUGCCUUCUCUCUAGAACCAUUCUGUGCUCAAGGCAGAAGAUCAUUACCAACAAACUAGCCUGGGCUGUCUCUGGGAAGGGUAGAUUCGUUGUCA